GACCCCAAGCUGGCUUGCUCUGUGUGCAGAGUCUCAGACUUUUAUGUAAUCUACUGAAAAAUAACUGGUUAAGCAGAAGAAUCUCUCAUUCCCCCAGGAUGGUGCCUAGAGAGGGAUGGUGUCUCUUAAAAAGUACUUAUUCUCAAGCAGUGAUGCCCACGUUGCGCUGGACGGGAUGCUAGCUCCUGGUGUUGGGAAAAGCUUCCCCACACUGAGCGCCUGGUGCCAGCCUCUAGUCAGGUAGCCGUGGGGUCAGUCUUUCCUGUCUUGAGUCUUCAUUUGCAACUUCCAUUUUUAAGUCCUGAAUAUUUUUUCUCUAAACCAUGGGAAUGCUGUAGUAUGUCUCUCAUCCUAGCAUUUGAACUUCUUUAGCAUAACCUGUACCAAGAUGCUUCCUUUCCAGAAGCAGCACUUAGGGAAUCCUGUGUCUCUCCUUGUACCUCAUCAGGGGUCAGUUAAUAAAGUGGAGGUGAUAAUGCUGUUUCCCUUGAAGUCCCUAAUUAGACGGAUUGGCAAAAGUGGCUGCAGGAUGCUUUUCUGAGACUUGUAUAAAACUUUUCCAUGGUUGGCUUCGUAGAACUUCCAAGCAGCUAUCAGCAUAAAACCCCCAGAGAUGGGUAUAUGGUUUUCAGAGGACAGUGAUGGUAGGUUCUAGGGUCUCCUUCCUAGGCAUAAUCCACUGCACAGAGAGGGGUCUGUUCCAGUUUGCACUUGCACCUGGCAGAGCCGGCUUUAAUGUGGAGCUGUUGCUGGGGAGUGUGAAAGAGGCUGGAGCCAAGCUAUUCAGGCCAGGUCAGACUGUGAGCCCAUGCAAGGCCUGAAUAACAAGGCUGGGAACAUUCAAAUUGAAUGGGCCAGAAAGGAGAGAAAAGCUUUGGCAGCCAGGGCUAGGAGCAGGGAGACAGGCACACAAAGCCACAGCCCCGGGUCCCUGGUUUUAUUGAGUAUGCAGAUGAGAGGAAGGAACCCAUUGAGAGGAGAAGUCCCUUCCAGCAGCAGAAUCUCCACUCUGUGAGCUUCCUGCUGUAAAAGAAAGGUCACCACCAGCAUUUCACUCUUCAGCCAGAGCUGCCCUUCCUGCUGGCAGCCUUGAUUCCUGCUGCAGCUUCUCACAGGAGCCAAGAGCUCCUUUUCUGUCCCUGGCCUGUGUCUGCAAGGGCUCAGGAGGGGGAAGUUUAAGAACCAAGGACCUCAUGGAAAGUUGGAGAGGGCAGAACGUGUGCAGGGUUGGGGUCCGGUCACCAGGUGUGAUGUCUCGCCUGGGUACUGUGACCUACUUCUGGAAGCUGGGAGGCCAUUGAGUCAUCGGCCAUGGGAUUUGCAUUGUUGGAGGCGCCUGGGCUGAGGAGUUGGCCUCAUCCCUCCAAUCCUGGCGAAUGGGUCACAAGUCUGACUGACUCAGCACCCAGAUGUCCUCCCUGGCUCACAGUCAGCGCCCUAUAGGCCUUGGGAGGAGAUGGACUCUGGGCUCCGGACCCACUGGCUGGGAUCUGGACCAUAAUGAGAUUUCAGGCACAAUAGAGGACACGAGCGGCGCCUUCUCAGGACUGGACAGCCUCAGCAAGCUGAGUCUAUUUGGAAACAAGAUCAAGUCUGUGGCUAAGAGAGCAUUCUCGGGGCUGGAAGGCCUGGAGCACCUGAACCUUGGAGGGAAUGCGAUCAGAUCUGUCCAGUUUGACGCCUUUGUGAAGAUGAAGAAUCUUAAAGAGCUCCAUAUCAGCAGCGACAGCUUCCUGUGUGACUGCCAGCUGAAGUGGCUGCCUCCAUGGCUAAUGGGCAAGAUGCUGCAGGCCUUUGUGACAGCCACCUGUGCCCACCCAGAAUCACUGAAGGGUCAGAGCAUUUUCUCUGUGCCGCCAGAGAGUUUCGUGUGUGAUGACUUCCUGAAGCCACAGAUCAUCACCCAACCAGAAACAACCAUGGCUAUGGUGGGUAAGGACAUACGGUUCACAUGCUCAGCAGCCAGCAGCAGCAGCUCCCCCAUGACCUUUGCCUGGAAGAAGGACAAUGAAGUCCUGACCAAUGCAGACAUGGAGAACUUUGUCCACGUCCACGCACAGGAUGGGGAAGUGAUGGAGUACACCACGAUCCUGCAUCUCCGCCAGGUCACUUUUGGGCAUGAGGGCCGCUACCAAUGUGUCAUCACCAACCACUUUGGCUCCACCUAUUCACACAAGGCCAGGCUCACUGUGAAUGUGUUGCCAUCAUUCACCAAAACGCCUCAUGACAUAACCAUCCGGACCACCACUAUGGCCCGCCUCGAAUGUGCUGCCACAGGUCACCCGAACCCCCAGAUUGCCUGGCAGAAGGAUGGAGGCACGGAUUUCCCUGCUGCCCGUGAGCGACGCAUGCACGUCAUGCCAGAUGACGAUGUGUUUUUUAUCACUGAUGUGAAAAUCGAUGACGCAGGGGUUUACAGCUGUACUGCCCAGAACUCAGCCGGCUCCAUUUCAGCUAAUGCCACCCUGACUGUCUUAGAGACCCCAUCCUUGGCAGUGCCCUUGGAAGACCGUGUGGUAUCUGUGGGAGAAACGGUAGCCCUCCAAUGCAAAGCGACCGGGAACCCUCCGCCCCGCAUCACCUGGUUCAAGGAGGACCACCCGCUGAGUGUCACUGAGCGGCAUCACUUGACCCCUGACAACCAACUGCUUGUGGUUCAGAACGUGGUGGCGGAGGAUGCAGGCCAGUAUACCUGUGAGAUGUCUAACACUCUGGGCACAGAGCGAGCUCACAGCCAGCUGAGCAUCCUGCCUGCAGCCAGCUGCAGGAAGGAUGGGACCACAGUGGGCAUCUUCACCAUCGCAGUGGUGAGCAGCAUCGUUCUAACGUCGCUGGUUUGGGUGUGCAUCAUCUACCAGACAAGGAAGAAGAGUGAGGAGUACAGUGUCACCAACACAGAUGAAACCAUCGUGCCACCAGAUGUUCCAAGCUACCUCUCUUCUCAGGGGACCCUUUCUGACCGACAAGAAACCAUGGUCAGGACCGAGGGUGGCCAUCAGGCCAAUGGGCACAUUGAGAGCAAUGGUGUCUGUCCAAGAAAUCCAAGCCACUUUGCAGAGGCCGAUGCUCACAGCGUUGCCUGCAGGCAGCCAAAGCUCUGUGUUGGUUAUCACAAAGAACCAUGGAAAGCGACAGAGAAAGCUGAAGGGACACCUGGGCCACAUCAGAUGGAACAUGGUGGCCGGGUUGUAUGCAGUGACUGCAACACUGAGGUGGACUGUUACUCCAGGGAACAAGCCUUCCACCCCCAGCCUGUGUCCAGAGACAGCAUGCAGCCAGGUGCGCCGCACGGCCCGGAGGCGGGGAGGAGUGACCGAGAGCAUUCUCCACAUCACCAGUGCAGCGGGACUGCUGCUGGGUCCUGCCCUGAGUGCCAGGGGUCGCUCUACCCCAGUAACCAUGAUAGAAUGCUGACGGCUGUGAAGAAAAAGCCAGUGGCAUCUCUAGAUGGGAAAGGGGAUUCUUCCUGGACUUUAGCAAGGUUGUAUGACCCGGACUCAGAGCUACAGCCCGCGUCUUCGUUAUCUUCAAGCAAUCCAGAGCGCACAGAAGCCCAGCACUUGCUUGUUUCCAAUGGCCACCUCCCCAGAGCAUGUGACUCCAGUCCCGAGUCCACGCCACUGACAGGACAGCUCCCUGGCAAACAGAGGGUGCCCCUGCUGUUGGCACCAAAAAGCUAGGUUUUGUCUACCUCAGCUCUUGUCAUGCCAAUCUCUAUGGGAAAGAGGUAGGAGAGGCAGUGAGGAAGCCUUGGGUUCAGGCGUCACUGAUGUGGAUAUAGUUAUAACUGCCAUGUGGAGUAUCCGUUGUUCACAGGACUUGCAUCUGAAGCACAGAAAUGCAAGAGGGUAUUUGUGUACAAAAGGCAAAAAAAAGUAUUUGAUACCACUGUACAUAAGAGUUUUCAGAGAUUUCAUAUAUAUCUUUUACAGAGGCUAUUUUAAUCUUUAGUGCAUGGUUAACAGAAAAAAGUUAUACAAUUUUGACUUAUUUUUCAUAUCAGGUUGCUGUUUAAUUUUGGAGGGGGGAGGGGAAAUGGUUCUGGUGCCUUAACGCAUGGCUGGAAUUUAUAGAGGCUACAACCACAUUUGUUCCCAGGAAUUUUUGAUGUAGGGUGGGGAAGGAUGGAAGGGCUUGGAUUUGUAUUGCACUUCAUAUACAGACCCCUAGGCUGCUGCUCAGUUGGCCUCCACACUCCAUGUGCGCUAGAAGGAGCUUCAGGUGAGCACUGCUUGUGUGUCGAUGCCUCUGUCACAGGCCUCCCUGUAGAGCCACAGGAGCAGGUGCUGUCCACACUGCAGUGAAUAGCUUUUCCUUUUAAGUGCUGUCUGUCUUUCAGGAGUAGAAUGGGGGUUGUUAAUCCAUGUGGUCAGAACAGUUACACACUGCCUUUCCUCCUCCUCUGAAGCUUAUUUUAUGAUAAAAGCAAAUGUGGCCUUCUCAGUAUCAUUCGAUUGCUAUUUGAGACUUUUAAUUAAGGUAAAGGCUGCUGGUGUUGGUACCUGUGGAUUUUUCUAUAGUGAUGUUUUCGUUCUGCCAAUAUAAUUAGUAUUACAUUGGCCAUGGGGGAUAAAAAGGAGGAAGUUCUUACUUUUCAGGGCUACCUUAUUUCUACUGAGGAUCCAGAGCAGGGCUGUCCAUGUGCCUUUCCCUUGCACAGAUGAAACUGAGCUGGGACUGGAAAAGACUUCACCCUUGACCUGGAUUCUGGGUGUCUUUGCACUUUUGAGACCUGUAGCUAACCAUCUUGUGAGUGCCAAUGUGUAAUUUAGUAAGAAUUACAUAGAAACAAACAAGGUCCUUAAAAUGUUCCUUUGGCCAAAAGCUGAAGGGAGUUACUGAGAAAAUAGUUAACAAUGUCAAUUUUACUGUCAGGUGUCAUCACUGUUCAAAAGGUAAGCACAUUUAGAAUUUUGUUCUCGACAGUUAACUAAUCUUACUUCCACAAAAUAUGUGAAUUUGCUGCUUCUGAGAGGCAAUGUGAAAGAGGAAGUAUUACUUUUAUGUACAAAGUUAUUUAUUUAUAGAAAUUUUGGUACAGUGUACAUUGAAAACCAUGUAAAAUAUUGAAGUGUCUUUAAUAAAGGUUCAUUUAUAAAUGUCAA